AAGUGCCAUCUUAGCUUCCGUACUCACUUCCAUAAAAAGCACCAUACCCACUUCUAUAGCUGUCCUGCCAUAACCAGACCCGAAACACAAUAUGGACCCUACAAACGAUCCUAACUUCACGCCGCCGUCGAUGCACCUUCCACAACCACCGCCAGUACCGCCGUCUCGCGUGCCAUACACGCCUCCUAUCAACCGCCCGUUCGUGUUAGCAGACUUGGGCUCGGCCAUGGACGCACCGUCACCGCACCCACUGCUCGAAAGCCGCCGCUCGUCGCAAAAGUCGUUCUCCAGACCCAAGUUGUCUGCGAAAAUCCCCAUGGCGGAGACGGACUUGAACUCAGACUCGUCUCUGGGCUCCGUUGACGAGGACGAACCCGUUUUUAUCUGCGCAGAGGACUCAUCGGGGAUCAACCAGGAAUUGGAAGCCCGCCCCGAGCUCACCAACACCUACUUUGACACCGAGGACCGCAACAGCGACUUUGGCGAUGAGAGCGUGCACAAGGGAUUCAACAUGCCCACGCUCCCGCGCGUUCACUCGUACCAGAUCGCGGACUUGGAGGAGGUGCCGCAUGGCGUGCAGCGCCAGGCCAAUGAGCUCCACAGUUACCAGUUCCCAGAUCAUCGCUUUGCCACGCGGAUGAACGACCCCUCAAAGCACCCGUUGGUAAUUGUGGCGUGUGGGUCUUUCUCCCCGAUCACGUACUUGCAUUUGCGCAUGUUCGAGAUGGCCAUUGACGCAGUGCGUGAGCAGACAAAAUUCGAGGUCAUCGGGGGCUAUUUCUCGCCCGUUUCCGACAACUACAAGAAACGCGGCUUGGCGUCGUCGACUCACAGAGUCCGCAUGUGUGAGUUAGCGUGUGAGCGCACGUCGUCGUGGCUCAUGGUGGACGCGUGGGAGUCGUUGCAGCCGACAUACCAGCGCACAGCGCUUGUUUUGGACCACUUCAACGAAGAGAUCAAUGUGAAGCGGGGCGGUAUUGCCGGAAAGAACGGCGAGCGCAAGGCGGUCAAGAUCAUGUUGCUCGCAGGCGGUGAUCUCAUCGAGUCGUUCGGUGAGCCCGACGUGUGGGCCGACGCUGACGUGCACCACAUCUUGGGCCGCUACGGGUGUUUGAUCGUCGAAAGAACCGGGAGUGACGUUAGAUCGUUCUUGUUGUCGCACGAUAUCAUGUACGAGCACCGGCGGAACGUGUUGGUGAUUAAGCAAUUGAUUUAUAAUGAUAUCAGCUCGACAAAGAUCCGGUUGUUUUUGCGAAGGGGCAUGAGCGUGCAGUACUUGUUGCCCAACUCGGUAAUACGGUACAUCCAGGAGCACGGGUUGUAUAUUCACGAAAGUGAGCCGGUGAAGCAGGUGAUGUCGGAGAAGAUGGUGUAGCGAGCCUUGGAGAGCUUACAAGACGAGGCCAGAGCGAUGUUUGUGCUUUCUAGGUGCGUCUAGGAACUGAGGACUGAGCUUUGAUUUUUAGGUAUUAAUACAGAUGGAGGGACCUAGAACUUGUAGAGAUGCCAGAUGUAAAAUACUGGAGCGACCUGAAAGACGAACUCGGCAAGAUUAAAUG